GGCUCGGGAGGGCGCACGCAGCGCGAGCGCCGCGCCGGUCCCUGGGCGGGCGGAGCGGGCGCGCGUCGCGAGGCGGAUCCUGACUCCCGGGAGUCGCGGCCGGGACAUGGCGGUGGCCGCUCGGCGGCCGCGGCGGCGUCCCUGGGCCCUGCUGUGCCUGGCUGUGGCCGCGCUGCUCUGCCCUGCGGUGGGCGAAUUAGAGUGUUACUGCCAGCUAUGUACGAAAGACAACUUUACUUGUAUGACAGAUGGAGUAUGUUUUGCCUCGGUAACACGAACUGCAGACAAAAUAAUGCGCAACAGUAUGUGUAUAGCAGAAAUUGAUCUGAUUCCCCGAGACAGGCCAUUUGUUUGUUCCCCCUCCACCAGAGAUGGAGUCCAUACUGUGUCUCAUUGCUGUAACACACCUCUCUGCAAUAAAGUAGAACUUCCAAUUCCAACACCAGGCCCUAGUCCAGAAAAAACAGCUUCUAACCUAGGACCUGUGGAACUGGCUGCUGUCAUUGCUGGACCUGUCUGUUUUGUCUGCAUUUCACUGAUGUUGAUUCUAUACCUUUGUCAUAAUCGUACUGUGAUUCAUCAUCGUGUGCCAAGCGAAGAAGACCCUUCACUGGAUCGUCCCUUUAUAUCAGAAGGAACCACUUUAAAGGAUUUAAUUUAUGAUAUGACAACUUCAGGUUCUGGGUCAGGUUUACCUUUACUUGUGCAAAGAACAAUCGCAAGAACUAUAGUACUUCAAGAAAGCAUUGGUAAGGGUCGCUUUGGAGAAGUCUGGCGGGGGAAGUGGAGAGGAGAAGAAGUUGCUGUGAAGAUUUUCUCUUCAAGAGAGGAACGGUCAUGGUUUCGAGAAGCAGAAAUUUAUCAGACAGUUAUGCUACGCCAUGAAAACAUUCUUGGAUUUAUAGCUGCAGACAACAAAGACAAUGGUACAUGGACUCAGCUGUGGUUAGUGUCAGACUAUCACGAGCAUGGAUCACUCUUUGAUUACCUGAACAGGUAUACAGUAACAGUGGAAGGAAUGAUAAAAUUAGCUUUGUCCACUGCCAGUGGUCUUGCUCAUCUGCACAUGGAAAUUGUUGGCACACAAGGCAAACCAGCGAUUGCCCACAGAGAUUUAAAAUCUAAAAACAUAUUGGUGAAAAAGAAUGGAACAUGCUGCAUUGCAGACCUGGGAUUGGCAGUUAGGCACGAUUCAGCUACAGACACAAUUGACAUUGCCCCAAACCACAGAGUGGGAACAAAAAGGUACAUGGCUCCUGAAGUCCUAGAUGAUUCCAUAAAUAUGAAACAUUUUGAGUCAUUCAAACGAGCAGACAUCUAUGCAAUGGGAUUAGUGUUUUGGGAAAUAGCUCGGCGGUGUUCAAUUGGUGGAAUCCAUGAAGAUUACCAGUUGCCAUACUAUGACCUUGUUCCUUCAGACCCUUCUGUUGAAGAAAUGAGGAAAGUUGUGUGUGAACAGAAGUUAAGGCCCAAUAUUCCAAACAGAUGGCAGAGCUGUGAGGCAUUACGAGUGAUGGCAAAAAUUAUGCGGGAAUGCUGGUAUGCCAAUGGAGCCGCUCGGCUGACAGCUUUGCGCAUUAAGAAAACAUUAUCACAACUUAGUCAACAGGAGGGGAUCAAGAUGUAAUCCUGGAUUUGCUACCGAAGAACACUGUAAAAAUCCCUAUCUGCACCAGAGUGGCAUGUUAAGAAGGUUAAUUGUUCUACCUCACUUGGGGGAACAGAAGGAUAUUGCUGCCUUUUAGUACUUCAUAGGAACGUCACUUUUUAGGAUGUUUGUGGAUGUGCUAAACAGUUGUGUUGGGUCUUUCUGUGCACUAUGAACCUCUUUCCCAGGUUACUUAUAAAACAUCAUGUACUCUAGUUUCAUUAAUCUAUAAUUUUUUUAUUUUGGAAAUUGAUAGCUGUUCUUUGCUAGCUGUACUAAAAGUAGGAGGUCACUUCUAAACUGAAACUGGUUCGCUAUAUUGUUCUGCAGUGCGUUGAUGGCUCUUACAGUAACUUUAUUCCUGCCUGGUACAUUGACUAUUCUGAACCACUGUCUCAAUUCCUGGAUUCAGAUUGUGAAUGUACUGUUGGAGUAUACCUUGCUAGCUAUUAAGGUAGUGCAUCUUUUGGACUCUUACCUUGACUUACAAAUUGACCUCAUUCAGUUGUGGGAACAUAACUUAUGCAACUAUACUUUAUACAUGAUUUUACUGGGUUUUUUCCACUUUUUCGGAACACUACAUUGCCUUCAAAAAUAGAUUGUAUUACACCAGUAAGUGCCACUUUUGAGUCUUUUAAUGCAAAAUAGUAGGGAUGUGCAAAGCCUAUGGUACUUUUGGUUUCAAAAAUAAAAGUUAAAAGUUGUUCCUUUGCCUAGCUAAGUGCUAAAUCUCACUCAUUGCAACAGUGAGUACAUAAUAGAUAAAAUGUCUUCAAUUUUACCAAAAUCUGACUCUUGAAACCACUGUAGGAGUUUUAAAUAGUGUAAGCUACUAAAUUCACUGUCAUAUUUUGUAAUUGUCAAGUUACGAGUCAUAAUUAUGUAGAAGAUUUUUUUUAUCAAGUGGUACUUCUAAAAUGCUUGAAGUACCUAUCUACUUCAGAAAAGUAGCAAGAAAAGUAAAAUGUUAAAGGAGAUUUUGCUUCAUUAAAUAAGUAUGAAAAGCGUAUUUUCUGUGCAGUUCUGCCGAGUCUUAAGGCUCAAAGAACAAUAUUUGCAAUUACACAAGGAUUAAAUGCACCUGUCAUUAGAGAAAUUAUUUGGGCUUUUGUACUAGACAGUUCAAAGCUGCUUAUAAGUUUUAUGUACUUGUAUGUUGUGUGUGCCUCAUACACAAAGUGGUGAACUAGAGAAAGCGGUGAGCUGCAGGUCUUUGGAUACAAAUAUCAGGGGGAUUCCAGCAAUCCUCUUCAUUGUUAGAAGAACAAAGCUUAUGGUGACGUGUGUUGUCAUAAGAACACAGAAGAAUAUGCAUGGCUUUAGUCAAGAUUUCCCUGAGUUUUUAAGAGUAUCAUAAUAUUGUCACAAACUUGUUUUGAAGUUAAAUUGCUUCCUGCCCAAAUGUACAACAAAAACCUGCUGUUACCAGGUGUCAUGGUGUGAUGCUGGCACAAUGCCAAUGCCCCCAUGGAAAUAUAUUCUCUCUAGUAUCUGCUGUGAGAUGUGACUAGAAAUAGAGCGAAGCAGGCUUUAGCUUAGGAAUGAAGGAAAAAACUUUAUUAAGCUAUAAUAUGUAAAAAGGAACACACACAUAACUCAGAAUGAAAACCUUCUAAAAAUAUUCUUCCUCCUCCUCACUCAAUUUUUACCACAGUACAGUGAGACAAAUCCUUGGAUUCUCAAUCAAGUUAUCAUCCUUCAGAUAAUCAAUUCUUAGUUUAUCAAGGGAGAGGGGAGUCUCUCUUAUACCAUUGGUUCCCUAGGAAACACAGUUGUAACUUCUUGUAACAUCUUGUUCCCAUGUCACACAUGGCACCACCCAGAGAAAAUCUGCCCUUGUGACGUCUUCCUUCCAUGAUGCAGUGCUCCCACCGCUGUUCAUGGAUCAAAACUGCUUAUAGGGUUCCCUUUAAGGAUGCUUUGCAUGUACCAAAAAAACACCAGUCUCUUAUUUUUGGGACAACAGUCCCACCCAUUUUCAUUCCCCUGGGGCCAAGAUCUCGAGACUUCUUCCCUGAAGGACAGAGGGCACCACCACACCCUCAUCUUUUUCUGUUCUCUUCACUCCUGCAUCUUUUUCUGACUUCUUUUACUUGCUCUGACUUUUACCACAGUUGUCUAUUUCCUUCUAUUUCAUGUCUGUCUCUCUUGUUCAAAUCAAGGAGAGUAGUGUUUCAUAAAGUUUUCAUUGUUUAAGAAAAGGGUUAAAAUCUCAGGCUCUGCCUGCCGAGAACUCCCACAGCAGCCAGACACCUUCUCGAUGCACCCCCCACCACUUUUCCUUUGGCCAUGCUGCCAGCACAAGAUAUCAAAUUUCAAGGUGGCACAGGCUCUCUUGUCUCUCUCUCUCUCUCCUGGGGGUGCUGUCUGAUGCCUCUCAGUGUUCAUCCACCCUUCCAUCCUGCAGGGCCCUUCAUCCCCUUCUCUGUCCAAGGCUCCUCACCCAGGCCGCAUGGCUCCCCGCCCAGCCCGUGCUGGGCAGGGGAGGUCUGACCUCUUUCAUGGACCUGAACUGAGAGAGAGUUCCUCUGGGAGGUCCCUGCUUUUAACCCCCUGUGUUCUCAGAGGCGGUCCAUGUCUUCAGUGGCCACACCAGGUGGCAAUAUUCAAAUCUGACCACUGAUUGAUUUGAGCACAACAUCCCAAAAAACUCACUUCCUUAUCAACCUAGGACACCAGGAUAUUUUUUUUUAUUGCAAUUUCCGUAAGAGUCUGGUUGACCUUUGGUUUUGUUAAUGUCCAAAACAGUAGUGUUUUAGUAUGUAAAUGAGUGUGGUAGUUAAUAUGCUGGCAAACCUGCCACUCUUCAGAACACAUCAGUGCCCAUCGGAUUAUGUAACAUAUAUGGCAACCUUUAACUUGGCUUCCUGUUCAUCCCUUGGCGUAGAGCCCACUGAGAGUUUGCUACCACGAUGGUGGCAGUGGCAGGGUGGUUGCUGGCAGCAGCACAGUCAAGGUUCUGUGCCAUGGUCUGUGAUGUGUGGCAGCUAAAGUAGGAAGAGGAAGGGGGCCCAGGAAGAAGAGGCUACGUAAGUGACACAAGCCUUACCCAAGAAAAGCCUUAAGAGUUGAUUUUUGUUUAUUUCCAUAUUCUUACUGCUUGCUUGGAGAUUAGUUUAAAUGAUGUCAGAAUUAGACUCUCAGAGGUCAAACUGCAAAUAAUGAAAUUAUUUUGUCAACAGUGGAUGAGUUUAUUCUAGUAAGACAGUAUCCAGGAGAAAAGGGAAAAAUAAGAGAAGUUCUUAGAAACCAAUUCGGUUUAAACAUACAUACAGCUGUCACGCUUAUGUUUGGCAUUAUCUGACAAGUCAGGCUUAUGUGCUUCAGGCCUCUGUCAAUCAAAGCCAGAUUAAAAAUUACUUCAUGUAGGUAUUUUAAAUAAACUAUGCCUUUGUGCACAUGGACAAUUGUGGUCCACAGAGUUUUUCAGUUAACUGUUGAAAAAAAAAAGUUUGUAACUUUUUUAACAUAACUUCCAAGCCUGUCUGCUUGGUAACCUUUCUAGAAAGUUCUAUGUAUCUGUACAGAUACUUUAAAAAAAAAACAGGUCAUCAUGAAAAUAGGUCAGGGUCUCCAUCUAAUUUCAAAGGCUUCCUAGUCAGCAAUUUAACUUUUUUGUUUUGUAACUUUGUUACAUUUCAAGUUUUCAUAGGUGUCCUGGGGUCCUUACCAUAGAUACAACUGGUACAGCUACUACUUCAGAAGUGUCAGGCUCCUGGCAUGCCUCAGAUCUCUAUACUAAUUUUGGUGGGAACAGGAGUGUUUACAGUAUAAUUAAUCAAAUAAUUUUUAGUGACUCUUUUAACACCCAUAAAACCUUAUCGGUAAAACAUUUAAUUUCCUAAAAUAUACAGAGCAGUUCUGUUGCAUUUUAAAGAGGAUGUACAGCAGCUGAACAGCAUCAUGGUGCACAGAUGAUUCUGUCAACAAUGUAACUGUGUGUUAUAUUGUAUCAACCACCUGCAAAUCUUCACUCUCUUGAAUUGCUAGCAACUCUUCUUACUUUAUUCAAAAUUUAGCUUUGCAAUAGAAGCUUGCAAAAACAAAGGACAGAGGGAUGCUUGACACUGUGUAUGACCUAUGGAACAGUAUUUUAGAACAACCUUAUUAUCAUUCCUAUUGGGCUGCAGAACAGGAAAAUUCUGAACAGAGCUAUAUGUAUCCUCAGUGCUUUUCUGACACCACGACUUCAAGCUUUGUUCUUCUUUUCCAUUAUAUGAACUGAACACCUUUUACAAAGGCUGUGUCUGUAUAUAUUAUGUAACUUUAAAUGUUACCUGUGUAAGAUCAUAUCUUAUAUAUAUGGACACAGGUACACAUAAGUAUUUUUUAAAUUAAGAUUGUAAUAUCACCAGAUCUGCUCUUGGAAAUCCAGGGGGACCAAAAUAUUUUAGCAUUCAAAAUAUUAAUUUUGUAUCAUUUCAAGUAUAUACCAAAACAGUUUCUGAUUAAUACCGAUGCAAAUGUUUAUUGUAAAUAUUACAUACAUUGUACAUUCACUUGAAUUUUGUGGAUUCAAUCAACUUUACAUUUUAGUAGCAUUGAAGCCUCAGUUUGAUUUACAGACUUGUGACCAGAUGGAUAUGGACAUGGAGAGCAAGAAGCAUUGGAAAUGGUCUGAUGCUGAAAAGCCUGAAGUGUCAUUUUUGAAAUGCUGGAAUUCUUCAGGGACCUUCCAACCUUGAAAGCUGGAAUUCUGGGAUGUUUCUCAAGCAGACUCUCCAAGUAUGACACACUGUCACCUUCCUAUGGUUCUGCUUGUAAUCCUAAGAAAGACUUUGUAUAUAAAUAAAGACAUUGGUAUCGACUGUAUGGGGACAUGAAGGUGUCAAAUGAAGUAAGAGGCUAUUUUAUUUUCGCAGUAAUGGCUCUGUGUGUGAAUGCCAUGAAAUUCACCUUUUAGUUAGUUCCUUGUUUAUAUUGUGCCAUUGAAAUGAUUGCAAGGUGUUAAUCAUUUUGUGUUUAAAAAAACAAACAAAAAAAUCCCUUCACCAUAUCUGUUGCUUUAAACUCAAAUUACCUCUUAAAAGACCAAGGUACAUUUACCUCAUGUGUAUAUAAUGUUUUAAUAUUUUUCAGAAUGUUCUCCAGGUUUGCAGUUACAUAUUUCUAGAAAUACAGUUAUUUCUAAAUUUACAACUUCAGUGGUACUAAGUGUAUUAUCUGGUGCCCCAAAACACUUUAUUUUCUGUAUUUUAUUGUAUUAGCAAGUUUGCUGCUUCGUCACUGUAGCACCUGCCCUUACAUAGCUGUGUGGAUACUGCCUUGUAAAUUUUACUUUUUGGAUUAUUUGAGGAUCCUGUACAGAUGAGUGUCACUUUUUUAAACCUUACCAAAUUGUGCAUUUCCCUUACAUUUCUGAAAAUAUGUAUUGUAUUUGUAGAGUAUACAUUUCAAUGGAUUGUAAAUAGGACAGUAGAAGAGUGGAUGCUUAUGUUAAGUGCUAACACUACAGUAGAGAGAUUAAAGCAGUGAAAAUAAAUAACUUUUUUCAAAAUGCA